AUGUCUUCCAGUUCGUCACAAAUCGGCCUCGAAGCCGGCACUCAGCGUCCACAAUCCCGCCCACGCCUCGUCAAACUCUUCCCCUUCUGGGGCUACGGCUCGGUGCUUACUGCAUGCCUCGGUCUCGCAGGAUGUAUCGCCAUACUCAUAUAUGCCGAUGACUCUCCACGAGAGAAGUGGCGGCCUUCUCCAACCGUCUAUCUUUCCAUAUUCGUGGCAAUGAUCAACAUCUCGCUGCACUUGGCCCAUGCCGAAGGCCUCAACAUCGCUUGGUGGAAGCGGGCCAUGGAUCGUCAGGCAUCACCAGACCGUCUGCAUGAAACCUGGGAAAGAGCGGACAGUCUUUACAUGGCCUUCGCUUCUGUUCACCGAUUCGACCCCAUCGCCUUGGCCACCAUCUUCGUCGCUUUUGCUCCCAUAGCAGGGCCUCUGCUGCAACGUGCCGUUAAGCCGGCCAUCAGUGGACCUUUUGGCUCGACUCUAGUCAACGUGUCGAUUGCCGAACAGCUACCAAUGGGCUGGAGCGGCUACUACACCGGUCGUAGUAUGAACACUGCUUUCACCACGCAAAACUUUUCGAACAUAGUCUACGAAUUCAAUGUCAACCAAGAACAGAGGGUGACCGCAGAAGGCUGCGACGGCGAGUGCCUAGGAAAGAUAAGGGCCGCCGGAUUCCGAGUCAACUGCUCCGAGUCUACAAUCCCGUUCGAUCUGGUACCGAAGUUUAGCGACGACGGAGUUACCCAGCUUACCUACCCGGACGAACGUAUCUUUGCCAGCUACGCCAACUUUAGCUUCGCUGAGCCAGAAGUGAUACAAGUCGCGGUUUUACAUAAACCGACGGGCGAAUGCAGUGGAGACCUGGUGAUGCAGACGUGCUCCUUGACCCUGGGCAGUAUCGAAUACCCAGUUAUAUUCGAGCCUAUUGAGCCUAUUGAUCCUCAUAAUAAUACUCGGCGGCGCUGGACCAAGCUUCGCGUAUAUCUUGACUUCACCGCAACGGGCCUUGGUUUAGAUCCAUCAGCCACCGACUAUGGUAUGACCGGCGAUGCAUUUCUAGCUCAUACGAGUCGGACAUUUCGGCCCUCUGCUGUGAUUAAGGAAAGAGAUGGCGAUACAUUCUCCACCAUCGGAGGCGUUGCGCUCGCCCUGAACGGCUUGUAUGCUUCUGAAGCACGCUCCCGCUUCAUCGGUGCCAGAGGCUACGAAGUAACAACGCAAGGUUCCUUGGCUGCAGGAUUCUCCUUUGUCGAGGAAGAAGGACUGAAUACGGCGGAACUCCUGAAUACGCCAGACGGAUGCCGCCUAGGGUUCUGGAAUCCGAUCGACCAGAUACUAUAUGCCGCACACGAGUUCAUGUUUCGCUCUGCCAUUGCAGCGACGGAAUAUGCCGAUCCAAUCCCUCAGCUGAUUAAAGCCAGCCGGGGAAAAGUCCCUGUCUGGAAGUCCGAUAUCCAUUAUCUCGGUGCAGCCAUCGUGUUCAGCUGCCUUGGAAUCAUCUUCGUUACUCCCCUCUUCAAUGGCUUCUGGCGGUUAAGCUCUUUCCCUAGCAUGUCGCCUAUCGAGACGGCGAAGUGUAUAAACCAGCAUCAACGGUCCGAGUCCAAUCAGAAUGUGAGUGGCAGCGCGUAUGAGAUGAAGACACCGAUCGUCCGGGAGAAGGAGGUUGGUUCACAGAGUUAG